AUGAUCUCUUAAAAUUCAUUUAGGACCCAUGGAAAUUACCAGAUGAAAGUAAGUUUGAGCAUCUUGAAAGAAAAGAAAGAAUUUAGAGCAGAUGGUGAACCAGUUUUUGUAACAGUCAAACCAGAAGCAGCAAGAGGAAAAGAUGAAUAUGCAAUUUCAGGAUGGGCAAGAUGGGUAGAUCCAGCAUCAAUUUAAGCAUGGCAUUUACUUUAUAGAGUUUAGAUUUUCAAUAAAGACACUGAAGGAUUGAAGAAUGCUGAUAGACCAGGAGAUAGAACAUUAUCAUGCUGGAAAGGUCUCGGAUUUUUCUAUUUUGCAACUUAUACAGUAGAUUAAGGUCAUGGCGGAGCAUGGAACAUCGAGAGAACAAAUCCAUAUGAUGAAGUUAUGCAUAAGAAUUGGGUUUACUUCUAUUAAGGAUAUUCAAGAUCAAAGUAGAGUGUUCACAUUUACAUUAAAUAUCCAUCAAGAGAUAUUCACUUUGAUGUACCAGCCAAUCACUUUGUCCCAACACAAUUUUAUGUUCAAUUUGGUAAAGAUUAAUGGCAUGGUGGAUGGAAUGGUUUCCUUGAAUCUUGGUAUUUCAAUACUGGUAAUGGAGCAUACAAGACUGCAGAUUAUGGAGUGGAUGAAUCAGAUUAAUUAUCAUAUGGAUUUGGCGGAAGAAUCAUUCCAAAGCCAAAGGAUUGGGAAUAAAAGGACUUAUUCUAAAAUAAUUGGGGACCCUCUGAACAAUCAUUAGGAAAGGAGGUCGAAAUAACAGAUGAUUACAUUAAUGGAUUGACUGAAUAUGGAUAUGGAAUGUGGACAAGAUUUAUUUGGAAUGGAGAAAGAAAACUAGUUGACAAACCAGCAUGGAUGGCAUUAUCUAGAUUGACAUACAGACCAAACUAUUAAGGAGAUGCUGCUUAAAUCGGAGAUAGAUUGUUGGCUAUUUGGGUAGGAUCUGGUUUCUAUCAUUUCACUACCUCUCUCCCAGGAAAUGCUAAUUUGGUAAACAAUGUAAACUACAAUAACUUAUUGGAUGGAUCAUGGAAUUACAUCUACUAUGGAUAUAAGAAAUUAGACAAGGGAGGAAGGAUAGUAGGACAUGUGUUCUUUGGAGGUUCAGCUGUUAGAUCAACUACUUUCCCUGAGGUUGUUAAUCAUACUCCAUUAUCCGACUAUUUGUACUUCUGUGUCGGUAGUUCAGGUGCCAAAUUGAGAACAAACUAUCAUUCAUUCAAUGGACACAUCUCAAAUGUUAUUUUGAGAUUAGGAGAUGGUGCUUUCUACUAAAACCCAGAUGAUCUCAGAAAAUAAAUACCAGAAAUGCCUAAAUUCCCAGAAUUAGCACCAAUCAAAUAAGUCAUCUUUGAAGAAUAAAGAGAUAUGAAGAGAGAAGUGGCUUAAGUAGCUCCUGUUGAAUUCAGUGAUAAGUUUGCUGGAUAGUCUGAGUACUCAGUGUCAAUAUGGUUCAAAUGGUCUACAAUAGCUAGAGCAACUUGGGAAAAUGUGUAUACUCUCUCCUACAACGAAUAAAAUAUCAGAGGAAAUCAUGUUAGACCAGGAGACAGAGUGUUAUCAUUAUUCUAAUAUGCUGAUCACAGACAAUUCUUCAGUACAUACACUACCCCAGAUGUUGAUGAUGCUUUCUAACAAAUCUUCACAGAAUGUCCAACUCCAGCUCUUGAUCAAACUGCUUGGGUUUAUGCUUACUAUGCUUACAGUAAAAAGGCUAGCAGUGUUUACAGUUUCUACAAGACUAGAACUACUGAAUGUGAAAAGAAAUUGGCUGCUUCUCAUAGAGUUCCAAGAUACUUAGGAUUAUAUGUUGGAAAGGAUGGAAUUCACACUCCUUACAAUGGCAAAUACUAAUAAUUGUAUUUGAUGGCUGGAAAUGGUGCCUAUAGAGAAAAGGAUAUUUUGAGUUUCGAUCCAUACAUUGCAGGUGCACUAGGAGUCUAAGCUAAACCAUACAAAUGGGCAGACAAGAAGGAAUAAUUCGACUUGUCAUUUGAUGGAGUCGUGUAAUAAGAAUUAGACCCAGCAGCAAUAGAUGGACAUUCAGCUUAUGCAAUUGGAUUCUGGAGCAGAUACUUAACAGCAAUUCCAAAGAGAGUCUUAGAUAAACCAGCAUGGGUAUCAAUAGCUAGAUUCACAGUCAACAGAGACUAUUAAGAUUAAUCUAAGGUUGGAGACAGAACCCUUGCAUUAUGGUUAGGAAAAGGAUUUUAUGGAUUCAGAACAUACAAUUUGGCUACAAAUACUCCAACUAUUGCUUAAGAUGUCAAAUAUGAUGAUAAAUUAGAAGGAGAAUGGAACUUCAUUUACUUCUGUUUCGCCAGUUCAAAACAACAAGCUAUUGGUUACAUUAAAUUCGGUGGUUCAGGAGAUGUCAAGAGAGUGACCUUCCCAGAAAUCACACAUAAACCAAUUGAAGGAUAUGGUAAAGUCAUUAUCGGAAAGGAAUUCGCUUAUCCAGGUUUCAAUGGUAAGAUUUCAUAAUUGUAACUGCUCUUCGGUGGACAAGGCUAUGUCCCUGAUGUAGAAUCUUUGGAAGAAUUAAUCAAGACCACAUUCCCAUAACCAGACCUCAACAUUCCUGAUACUUAGGUGCUAAAGGUAUAAGAAGAUGAAGUUUAAAAGAGAGUUGGAGAUAAUCCAUAAGUCUCUGAAUGGCCAAGUCAAUAUCAAGAGUCUCUUGAAUACUCUAUCUUCGGAUGGUUCAGAUAUGCCUAACCUAAAUUAUAGAAAGAUAACAAUGUCCUUUUGAGAUUGACAAACAAUGAACCAGCUUACAGAAAAGAAGCAGCUAUAGUAGGAGAUAGAACACUCUUGAUUAUGUACUAACCAAAUGAAGUAGUCUUCUCAACAUACACUCUUGGUACUAUUGAUGAUGGUUAAGUGGCUAAUAUUAGAAAACCCACUCCACUUGGAAACAACUUCGGAGUUUGGACUUACGUUUGGUUCGGAUACAGUUGGCCAAAGAAGGUUGCUUCAGGUAUUGUGAAGUUCCCAUCAGAUAAGGCUGUUGUUCCUUAUGAUAAUGUCUUACACAUGAUACCUAAAUAUUUCGCCUUGUUUGCAGGAUCAGAUGGAUUCUUAGGUGGAUGGGAAGGACCAAUGAGAAAAGUAGGAGCAAUCUUUGGAAAAGGUGCUUACAUUGAUCCCAAUAAAGGAAAUUAUGAAAAUAUGUUACCAAACUUGUUGGGAUUGUAAGCUAAGAAAUCAGAUUGGAAACCUGCCAAAGAGGAAAUCAUUCUUGUUCCAAUCAAAGAUAGACCAGGAUAUGACUUGACAUUCAAAGAGGAAGUAGGUGGUGUCACUGAAUAUGGUUAUGGAUUAUGGACAAGAUGGUUGAUGACUACCCCAGAUAGAGUUAUUGAGAAAUCUCCAUUCCAUCAAUUAAUCAGAUUGACCAACACUGAGAAAUAUGAAGAUAAUGUUGCUCUUGGAAACAGAGUGUUAGCAAUUUGGGCUGGUAAAGGAUACUAUCAUUUCACUACAUAUGACAAGAAGACCAACAAGGCAUCCAUAUCUGCUAAUUCAAAUUACGAUGACUACCUUGAAGGACAUUGGAACUAUAUCUAUUACUCAUUCACUGCAUAAGAUACACCCAGAGCAGUUGGUUUUGUUCACUUUGGAGAUUUACCAGGAUAAACAGUUGCUAGAGUUGAAUUAUUAGAUAUUGCUCAUAAUCCAUUAAAUGGUUAUGCUAGAGUGGUUGUUGCCAAUAAUGAAUUCGGAUAUCCAGCAUUUAAUGGUAUGAUUACUGGAUUAAGAAUCUUCUUCGGAUAAGGAUUUGUUGGUUCCAAGGAGUAAUUCUUGAAAGAUGUCUUAGCAGUCUAACCAAAACCAUAAUUGACAGUUCCUGCUAGAACAGACAUCAAUGUUUUGAAAUAGGAGAAAGUUAUCAAUAAGGGUGAUGCUGGUAUCCCCAUUAAGAAUUAAUAUGAUCAAUAUUAAGGAGUCCUUGAAUAUGCAGUUUCUGGUUGGGUACAAACUAGAAGAGGAUAAGCUGAUGAAUUAUCAAGAAUGAUCUUCAGAUUGACUAUCAAUGAUCCAGCUAUUCAAAAGGAUAAAUCAUUGGCAGGUGAUAGAACACUUGCAUGUUUCUUAUUCAAGGAUGCAUUCACUUUCUCUACUUAUGAUUAUGGAGAUUUGGAUAGCAAUGAGGAUGACUAAAACGAUAUCUAAUGGCCAUCCAAGAUUGAAGCAAAUGGAGGAGAAUGGAUCUUCUUGUACUUCGGUUACAAUUCCAAGAUCAGAAAAGCCUUUGCUUACUCUCUAUUCUUGAACAGAGAAUUAGGAAAUCAAUACAACGAUUUGAAACACUUUGUUCCUAAUAAGUUCUGGUUCUACUUGGGAGGAGAUGGAUUCAAUCAAUAAUUUGAAGGUACAAUGUUCAAUUGGAAUCUCAAUUUCGGUGAUGGUGCCUUCACAAACAAACCUAAAUCAGUCAUUUCCUCAUGGCCCUAUGAACCAUAAUAACAGGCCGCAGAUCAAGUCCUCUCAGUCCUACUUGGUAACCAAGGCUUAAGCUCAAUCAAAUUGAACAGAUAAGCUGGACCAGCUUCAGGAUAAUUUGAUGUUAAAGGAGGACCUGCUUCUGGAUAAUUCACAGUUAGCGGUGGACCAGCUUCAGGAGUUGUAGAUAAAACAGCCGGAGCUAAGUCAGGAAUUGCUGAAUAAUCAUAAGGACCAAAAUCUGGAUAAACAGAUACAGCAGAUGGACCUAAAUCAGGUUAAAGUGAUUAAGCCGCAGGACCUAAAUCAGGAGCUUCAUAAUGAAUGAUUUGAUUAUUCAUAUUAAAAACAUAAUAAAUACAUUUUCUA